AUGUGUAGGUAUGGAAACUUCUCAUUAACAUUAAAUGAGUGCGAAACUGAAAACAGAUGUCCUAAGCCGCACGAGGAAUGCAUCAAUACACCUGGUGCAUACAAGUGCUCAUGUGUCCAUGGAUAUAAGAGAGAAGGAGGAAAAUGUGUAGUAGAUGUUGAAGGUGAGCAGCCUCACAUCUUGUAUUAUAUUAAAUGGACUUUCUGUAUUUAUUGGAAAAAUGCUGUGUAUACUGAGAAUCUGCUCAAUUAG